CGCAUCCAACAGCCCGUUCGUCGUGCGCUGGUGCAAGAGCAAGUGAGCCCAGGCGCCACGGUAAAAUGUGCAAUUGAAAGCGUGAAAUUUGAAUCCUUUGGUAAACUUUGGUGAUAGCAGCGCAAUUUGUAAACUUCCAGCAGGUCCGCCAAGCCGCUACCGAUCGGGAAUUGUGUUCGUAAGUAGCAUUAUGUUCCCUUUCUCCUCCCUGCAAGUCGAGUAUAGCAAUUUUCAUCGGUCAUCGCAAAUCAUGUCGAACGCCCUGAGCAUGAGCAACUCCGGCUUUCCACACUCGUGGAUCGUCUCCGGGCAGGACUUCUGCCCGAUCACGUACUCCUCGAUCCAGGGCCACAACUCGGGCGUCUCGAGCAACCUCGCAACGGUCGAGCCGGGCCUGAUCGAGCUGCGCAAGGAAAAGUCGCGCGAUGCGGCCCGCUCCCGCCGCGGCAAGGAGAACUACGAGUUCUACGAGCUGGCAAAGAUGCUGCCCCUGCCGGCCGCCAUCACCAGCCAGCUGGACAAGGCGUCCAUCAUACGGCUCACGAUCAGCUACCUGAAGCUGAAGGAGUUCAGCGAGAACGGCGUGCCGUCCUGGUGCAAGGACCCGAUCGGCUUCCAGAACUACAACGCGCCGCAGUACUUCAACGAGAUGUUCGAGACGCACCUCGGCACGCACAUCCUCCAGUCGCUGGACGGGUUCGCCAUCUCGACCGGCGUGGACGGGCGCUUCCUCUACAUCUCCGAGACGGUCUCGAUCUACCUCGGCCUGUCGCAGGUGGAGAUGACGGGCAGCAGCAUCUUCGACUACGUGCACAAGAACGACCACGCGGAGGUCGAGCAGCAGCUCGGCAUCAAGAAGGGGGCGGAGUACGCGAGCUACGGCGGGUACGGGGACGAGGGGCCGACGGCCGAGAAGCCGGCGGUGCUGAAGCUGGGCAAGGACGCGCCGGGCGGCAAGGGCCUGCUGCCGGGCGAAUCGUACGAGGGCGACGAUCGGGCGUUCUGCAUCCGCAUGAAGUCGACGCUGACCAAGCGCGGCUGCCACUUCAAGUCGUCCGGCUACCGGGUGAUACUGCUGCUCUGCCACCUGCGCAAGAAGGGCGCGGGGCAGGAGGAGAGCCACACCGACAAGCAGACGGUGAUCGGGAUGGUGGGCAUCGGGAUAGCGCUGCCGCCGCCCUCGCUGCACGAGAUCAAGCUCGAGUCGGACAUGUUCGUGUUUCGCACCAGCCUCGACCUAACCAUCAUACACUGCGAGAACAGGAUUUCCAGUUUUCUGGACUACACCGCCGACGAGCUGAACGGGAAGAGCAUCUACAGCCUCUGCCACGGUCAGGAUGCGCACAAGCUGAAAAAGAGCCACAGUGAGCUAAUUCAAAAGGGCCAGGUGCUGACCCCGUUCUACCGCAUCCUGAACAAGAACGCGGGCUACUUCUGGAUCCAGUCCUGCUGCACGAUGGUCUGCCAGACGAAGAACAUGAGCGACCAGACGGUGAUCUGCGUCAACUACAUCAUCACCAAGCCGGAGAAGGAGAACCUCAUCCUGGACAUCUCGCAGAUCCCGUCGGCGGCGGGCGUGCUCGGCGACUACCACGCGAAGGUGCUGCCGCCCGCCACCGGGGCGGCCGGCUCGAAAAAGCCCCAGCCAGCGGACGGGUACGAGCUGGAGACGGGCGGCGUUACCCAUCCCACCCACCAUGGGCAUCAUCACGGCGACGGCAGCGGCGGCGGCGGCUACCAUCUGGACGGCGGCGUCUCGCACGUCGACCACAAGGUGGACCUGCUGGACAAGGCCGGCCUCGGCAAGGGCGGGCUGGCGAUGGCGUACGGUGGCGACAAGAAGGAGCACGACUACAAGGACAAGCUGCUGGAGCAGCGCGAGAAGGGCUGCAGCAAUAGCAAGCACCAGCGCCUCAAGAGCGGCAGCCCGAUGCUGAACGCGAUGCCGAACGAGAACGGCGAGCGGCUGGACGCGAAGAAGCCGUCCGGCGGCAAGAAGAGCGUCAACAACCGGGCCAGCGUCAUCCGGGUGCUGAACAAACCGUCGAAGAAGGUGCUGCAGGAGUCCCACUAGAGGGCCACCAAUCAAUCUUUCAUCACACACACACACACACAAACACACAGCCAGCGAUCAACAAACCGGUGUGGUGUUUUACCAUUUGGAUUAGUGUUUUAAAGUGGGACGACCCUAUCUCCCCACUCUUCCAUGCUCUGCUCACGCAACCUCAUCUGUUAGUGGAUUAGUGAUACGCCAUGCACACACACGCAGGGUUGGUGUAGAACGUAUUAGUGCUAGAGUUAAUUAUCCAAUCGCUUUGUGUCUACGAGCCAGUGGCGUACGUUUUAUAAUAGUAGUAAGUAAAGACUCGCGCGUUUUUUCACGGGCAUUUUUCUCAGCAAAAGAAGAAGAAGAAGAAGAAGAAGAAGGACGUUAGACAUUGCUCGCGUUUGAGUUAAAUAGUUGUUUUAUUUCGCUUCGUUUACAUAUAUUGCCAUAAGAAAGGGGGGUUUCGCAUCUCGAACGCUGGCCCGGCUCGGGAGGAGGGCCUUUGCCGGCGUGGGAUGCCCGGGGCGGACUGGUCGUGCAGGUACCCAAACGAAGCUGCGUAACAUAUUAACGAGGCAUGUCAGAACAUGCGCCCUGCCCUCCCCAAAACAGGAAUGUUGUUUGGCGAUGCUCUCUGACUUGCUGACGAUAGGUUUUUAUUAAUCGAAACGGAAAAUAUAAGUGUACUCGCCCCUCCUCAUCCUCCUAGGGCACUCACCUCAUUAAUAAAAUCAAUCCGCACGCACAAAAUGUUCCCUUGCACGACCAACAUGGCCCCAACCCUCUACUUCCAGGCUCCCAUGCCGUUUCUGCGCGCUCACUGUGAACGUUUGCUACAAUGCUAAAUAUAAUAAACCUUAACUGUAAAGCAAUAAUUAAAACAAAAAAAAAGGAAGUGAUUAUAAACGCGUUUUUGGGGGGGGGGAGGGGGGGAUGGAACUUCUUUUCGUGGUUAGAAAAUAAAAGGGGAAAGAAAGAGAGGCGAGAAAUCAAACUAAACAUAAUAAUAAUAAUAAUAAAAUAGCAAUCAUGUGCUUCAAAAAUCAAGCUCACUCCUUCGCACGUCUCAUCGAUAAAUAUUAAGAGAUAAACGGGCUACUGGGAGGGAGAGGGUAAAAAGAAAGAAAUCGGGAAGGCAUGACGUUUCGUUAGAUGAUAAUUAUUGCAGCUGAUAUAAUAAAAAAUAGUAUAUAUAUAUCCGUAGCGUGUAUGUGAAAAGUGCAUAACAUAUUAAAGUCUCGUUUUUUUCCUUUCUCUCUAUUAUCUACUGACGGGCGUCUGUGUUAAACUAUUCUUCCUUAAACAAAAAAGAAAAUAAAGGAAACCGUUCGGU